AUGUCUAGCGCUCUGGCGAAAGCCUCGCCCUUGAGGCCUGAGAUACGCCUCGCUCAGGCUGUUUCAGAGUUUGAAGCCGACCUUUCACAUGAGCAAAAGUCGACAUUCCAAACGAUCAGGUCGCAGUCGCUCUUAACAAUACCCAGCCUACGUGAAGUUAUGCAGCUAACGGCUGAGGUUGAUCGUCACACAUCGAAGAAGUUUAGCAAUGCCUGUUUUGGGCCUCGGUUUACCAAUUUCCUUCAUGGAGUCCAGCAGUUCGCGACUCUUGGAGACAUCAUGGUUGGAGGAUCGCAAAACUUGCUAGCAUGUGGCGUGUGGUCAUUGGUACGCAUGUCAUUGUUGUCGAUUGUGAACCUUUCGAACUACAUCGAUAAGCUGUCCUCGCUAUUCAUGGAUGUCGGCCGUUCUGCCCCACGCUACCAAGCAAUUGCCCUACUAUACCCUCGGUCCUCGGAGCUACAAUCAAACCUCUCUGAGUACUUCAUCGUCGUAGUUGGCCUAUGUCAUUACCUGUUCAAGUUCGGACAAAAAUCAGCUAUGCAGCAAUUUGCGUCCUCGCUAAGCGAUGCGCACUUGAAGACCUUCCAGACAGAUCUUCAUAAGUGGGCAAAUUCUAUCAAAGAGCAGAUGGGCAUAAAUGAAGCUCAAGAAAACUCCACUCUCAGAGCUUUGACGAGGCAAAUGUUCAAGUCUACUUCCUAUCAGCAGAGACUUGCAGUUAACGCGCGGGUACUCAACUUUUGCUCUACGUACGAUUAUCAAGUAACGUGGAAGCAAAUUCGAAAGGCCGGUAAUAUGUCCUUCUAUAGACAGCAAGCAGAGUAUCGAGAGUGGAGGGAUAGCUCGUAUUCUAGCACACUGUUGUAUGUAGGCAAAUUGGGCUCGGGAAAGUCGGUAUUGCUAGCCAAUAUCGUGGAUGACCUUAGCCUCUCUGCUAAGGACCCACCCUUGGUGGCGUACUUUUUUUGCAAACAUGACAUUCCAGAAAGUCUCCAGGCACGGACGAUCAUCGGUUCUCUGGCACGACAGCUUCUACGUACUGUUCCAGACCUUGGCGUACUUGCUAAGAGUUGCGAAAACACUCACAAUAUAGGCGAUACUGAGAAGGUGCUUGGAAUGCUUCUUCAAGGCUUUCCCGCUGAUAAAAGAGUGUACUUUGUGCUUGAUGGCCUAGGCGAAUGCGAUGAUGAGGAGAAAGAGACGUUAGUGCAGGCAAUCAGGAAGAUCCAGGUGAAGCUAAAGAUGCUAGUCUGUGCUUCUUUUCGAGAAGAGGCAAACAAUGGCCUGCAGUCGAUUACUACCAAUAAUCAACUCUUGACCAUUCGCGCUAUCUCCAUACCAGAAGACAACCCAGAUAUUGACGCUUUUAUCGAAGCAGACCUUGAGCGUUGCCUUCGCCAAGAACGCCUAACGAUUGGAGAUCCAACUCUAAUCUUAGAGAUUCAAGACAAGCUGUCCAAAGGCUCGCAAGGAAUGUUCCUUUGGGUAGCUCUUCAAAUCCAGACUUUGUGCGACAUGAAAACUGAUCACGCUAUCCGGGAAGCACUGGCAGACCUGCCGAAAGACCUCUCGGAAACAUUUGCUAGGAUUCUACGGAAGUCAGCACAGUCAGGAAAAUCAGGAAGCUCCGAUCUAGCACUCCAAAGGAAGACGCUACAGAUUGUGCUUGCAGCUCGCCAGCCUUUAACAAUGGACGAGUUGCGGGAAGCCCUGAGCGUUACUCCUGGAGAUACAGCUUGGGAUCCUUCUAAACUUCUAAAUAAUGUGUACUCAGCACUAGCUUGCUGUGGAUGCCUGCUUACUGUUGAUGAGGAGGAGCUUACUGUCCGGGUUAUACAUCACAGCGUCAAGCAGUACAUCCUCAAUACCAACUUUCCGUUUGAAGAGGCACAAAGGAUGUUGGCAGACACUGUUGUCACGUACCUCGGCUACGGCGUCUUCGGGACUGAGCUAUCGAGAGUGAAGUUCCAUCCUAUAGUAGUACAAUCCGCACCAUCUAAGAUCGUGCAAGCUACUAUUAGCUCGUCAAGCAACGCUCGUCAGCUGGCUAUAAAGCUUCUCGGAUCCAGACGGCAAUAUGAAUUUGAUAUGAGCAAAGCUCUCGUGGAAGCGCACAGCUCCCUCAACUCCAAGCCAGAGCAUGUAUUCGGAUUCUAUACUUAUGCAAAGAGCUAUUGGCAGGACCAUGUAUUUUAUGUAUCUGGACACAAAGCCGGAAUUUUCAACCUUUGUUCUAAGCUGAUCUAUAGUCGUGCGUCUGAGCUUAAGAAGGCGGACAAGGACUACUGGACACAUUUCCAGUGGGCUGCCGAGAAUGGGAACAGGAAUGUUCUUGCGCUGUUACUACAGACUGGGAAGGCUGACAUUGAGGCGAAAAACAGCGACGGAUGGACGGCGCUGAUGCAGGCGGCAAGAGACGGACAUAGAGACACAGUCAAGGUGCUGCUUACUAUUGGCAAGGCUGACGUUGAGGCAAAAGACAACGACGGAUGGACGGCGCUGAUGCUGGCG